CCCCGCCGGGACCCGUCCCGCCCCGCUCGGGCCUUCCUCCGCCGCCGCCCCCACCGCGCGGCAUCGCGGGGCGCUCAGUGAUCCCAUGGUUCUGUGGCCUCAGUGGGUCGCAUGGAUCUCAGUGGGUCGCAAUGGCCUCGUGGUUCUGUGGUCCCAGUGGAUCUCAGUGAUCUCGUGGUUGUGUGGUUCCCCACUCAGACCCUCGAGCAGUUCGAGUACGACGGCUGCGACAACUGCGAUGCCUACCUGCAGAUGAAGGGCAACCGCGAGAUGGUUUACGACUGCACCAGCUCCUCCUUCGACGGGAUCAUCGCCAUGAUGAGCCCCGAGGACAGCUGGGUCUCCAAGUGGCAGCGCAUCAGUAACUUCAAGCCUGGUGUGUAUGCAGUGUCUGUGACCGGCCGCCUGCCCCAAGGGAUCGUCCGAGAGCUGAAGAGCCGUGGUGUGGCUUACAAGUCACGAGACACAGCUAUCAAAACCUAAGGAGCUCUGGUGCUGCCUGGAGGAUUCCCAGGUGCUCUGCUGCGCUGCUCAGAGAGGCAGCUGGCAUGUGGGGCACUGCUCUGAAACCUUUUAGUUUUAGCGUGAGGGACCUGGGCUCUGAGGGAGCUGCGGGCUCAGCUGCUCUCGCUCCGUACCUCUGGACUCAGCCAUGCCACUGUUGGACCACAAAGAUCUUAAAAUCAGCUGCAGCCUUGACAGGGAGGGGAAUGUGAGUAGGGCUGGGAAAGAGGUGUUGAAGGGAGAUGCAUAAACCUUUUAUAGUCGGCGUGGAUACAACUGAUCUGGGAUACAACUGUAAAUAUUUCAAUAAAACUUGCUUUCUGGUCA